CUCCAAUGUUAAUUUACUUGGCUCACUGAUCCUAUCAGUAUCAUCAAAAGAACAAGCAAGCUUUUGGGGCCCUACCUCCCUCCCUACUCUCUCUCAAGACUAGUCUAUAAGUAGGGAGAGCCACAAUGCAGUAAACCAUCCUUCACUUAAUUAGACAGAGAAUCAUCGAUCUUAAGAGUUAAUUCGUUCUUCAAUCCUAGCUCUUCGUUAACUGUUAACGAAAAAUGGGUUACUCCAAGGCUUUUCUUCUCCUUGGUCUUGUCUUUGCUGUUGUGCUUCUGAUCAUCUCCUCUGAUGUCUCAGCUCGUGAGCUUGCUGAGGCUGCUCAAACCCAGGAAAAUGUCCAAAGUGACGCUGUGGAGGAGGCCAAGCAUGGUGGAUAUGAACAUCAUCAUGGAUAUGAACAUCAUCAUGGUGGACAUGGAGGACAUGGUGGUGGACAUGGAGGACAUGGUGGUGAUCAUGUCAAAACUGACGCGGUGGAGGAGGCCAAGUAUGAUCAUCAUGGGGGAGGAGGUCAUCAUCAUGGGGGAGGAGGUCAUCAUCAUGGGGGAGGAGAUCAUCACGGUCAUCCAGGACACGGUGACGCUGGCAAGACAGAAACCGAAGCUGAAACCAACAAAAAUUAGACAAAUCCUUCGUCCUAUGCUAUAUCUCUAUGCAUGAGUGUCUAAGUAAUAUGUGGCUUAUCUAUGUUUGUAUGCCAAUAAGGUCGCACUGGUUGUGUAGCUUAUAAACUCUCAACCACAUGCAUGGGAAGCUGUAUAAGCUCUAUCUUUCUACUUUUUUCAUAUGUAUUGUGCUUUUUAUCUAUUACAAUGUGCUUGAAUUUGAAGGUGUGAAA